AUGGUAAGUGAGAGGACUGUAAAAUGACAUUAAUUGUCUUUUAGCUGAAAAGAAGAGCCCCAUCUCAAUCUCCGAAAGUGAAUCCAAAGGACAGAAAUGCCUUGAAGAGUGCAAAUAACAGCGGAGCCAUCACAGUAAGCCCUGUAUCAUCUUUAGACAUUGCUUUAGCCACUCAGAACAAGAAAUCAGGCAAACUUUGAAGAUGAGGAAGAAUCUGAUGACGAAUCUACUGAAAUUAGUCGGCAAGAGCAUGAAGAGAUGAUGCGGAGGAUUUUAACACGCCCUUUUCGUGUUCCAAUUGAAGGGUAUAAAGGUAAAAGUCUUAUUUAUUCUCUAUUUGUCUUUUAGGAGCGCCUACCAAUCGAGCUCUAGGUGUCAGGAGAUCAGGAGCCAAGACUGCUCUCCAUGAUCCGUAUGAGGAAAAUGCCUUGGUCCUGUAUGUACCUGUGGAAUUAAAUGCUCACGAAAAGUUGAGAUUGGACAACAAGUUGAGAAAGGUCCAUGUGGUAGUAGAUCCAGGUUUAUCUUCGGUUCUCCGUCCUCAUCAGCGGGAAGGAGUUCAGUUUAUGUAUGAAUGUGUGACCGGCAGAGUGAUUGAGGGGUUUUCUGGGUGUAUUAUGGCGGAUGAAAUGGGUCUGGGAAAGACAUUACAGUGUAUCGCAUUGAUGUGGACGUUACUGGUAGGAUAUUCAAUUUAAUAAUUUUUUGUUUAGCGACAGAGUCCCGAUGGAGGUCCAGAGAUUAACAAAGUUAUUGUUGUAUGCCCCAGUAGUUUGGUCAAGAACUGGGAUAAAGAGAUUGGCAAAUGGUUGGGAGGUCGGGUUAACUCGCUUCCUAUUGAUUUUGGGAAGAAGGAAGAGAUUAUUCGACACCUGGGUAUUGACAGUAUAAACUUUAAAGAACUCUUUUAGAAACCUUUAUUAAUCAACUUGGAAAGAGAGUGGCCACACCGGUGAUCAUAAUUUCAUAUGAGACGUUAAGAGGGUACAUUGAAAUCUUGAACAAACAGGAAGUCGGACUUGUCAUUUGCGAUGAGGUAAUCUUGAUGACAUUCGAAUUACUUUUUUUAGGCGUCGAGAUAUUACGGGUGACGCACGGUUGGGUGGUGCAGGUUCGGAUGAGUCCUCUUGGGUUAUCCCAUCUUGGGGUGUUGCAUGUUCUGGUGGCUCACGUUUGGGUGAUGAAUAAAUAUUCUAAUUCUAGCUACUAGCUAUGACGUAAAAUUUUUGCAUUUUUUGGAGGAAGAUGUUAGUUAAUUUUUCAUUCAUAGUUUAUUGUAAAUCUUUCUUACGUCGGUUAAUUACCAGUAAAUGAAUGAUUUGUCUGGUUUCACUACUCUCAUUAAGAAUAAGGUUUACGUUUUGAAUUGCCUUAUUAGUAGGAAUGCAACUUUUAUUUUUUGACCUUUGAAAACGCCCAAAUAUGCAACAGCCAAAUAUGGGAUCACCCGAAAGGGCCCACCCGAACUUGCACCGCAACCAUACCUUUUUUUAGGGGCAUCGUCUCAAAAAUAGCGACAACCAGACCUACCAGGCUUUGACGAGUUUAAAAUGCAACAAAAGAGUCCUCAUCUCUGGAACACCUAUUCAAAACGACCUGCUUGAGUAUUACAGGUAUAGGUAUUCCUAUUGUAAUAUUAGUUUAGUUUGGUCAACUUCGUUAAUCCUGGGAUGUUGGGUAGUGCUCAAGAGUUCAAAAAGAGGUUUGAGAAUCCCAUUCUACGAGGUCGAGAUGCCAGUGCCACAUUGGAGCACCAAAAGGUUGGAGAGGAAAAACUGCAGGAAAUGGUGUCCUUGGUUAACAAAUGCAUUAUCAGAAGAACCUCCGCGCUUCUUACAAAGUACCUGCCGGUAAGUUUAAAGGGCUUGAGAGUAAUUUUAAUUUUUUAGAUAAAAUAUGAAGUGAUUAUAUGUUGUAAAAUGACAGAGUUACAAAACAAAUUAUACAGGAAGAUUAUAACCGGGAAAGGAAGGGAUGUUUGUAACGAGGCGACUAAGAAAGGACUAACAAGCACUGCUCUGACACUAGUAACCAGUCUGAAGAAACUUUGCAACCAUCCACAUUUGAUUUAUGACAAAGUUAUUCAAGGGGAUGUCGGCUUCCAAGGUAAUUUACUUUUUUUGAAUACUAUGAUUGCAGGAUGCAAGGAAAUAUACCCAGAGCAUUAUCUCAGGCGUCCUCUGGAUCCUGUUUUCUCAGGGAAGUUGAGGAUUUUGGAUUUGCUUCUGGCUGUGACUCGACAAGAAACCAACGAUAAGUUUGUGGUGGUGUCGAAUUACACUCAAACAAUUGAUGCCAUUGCUGAGGUAAGAUGAAUAAGAUUAUUAUAGAUUGCGUUUAGUUGUGUAACCUCAGAAGGUAUCCCUAUGUCAGACUGGAUGGAAGCAUGUCGAUAAAACAGAGAGCCAAGACUGUUGAAAAGUUCAAUGACCCCAUUGUGAGUUUAGAUACGUCGGUUAUUCGUUUUAGGCGCCUGAAUUUAUUUUCUUAUUGUCUUCGAAGGCUGGUGGAUGUGGUCUGAAUCUAAUUGGGGCCAACAGGUUAGUCAUGUUCGAUCCUGAUUGGAACCCGGCCAAUGAUGACCAGGCCAUGGCCAGAGUUUGGAGAGAUGGGCAGAAAAAGAACUGUUUUAUAUACAGAUUGUUAGCGGUAAGGACUUCUUUGAUUGAUCUUGCACUUUUUGCUCCGCCGGAGCAAGAAAAGCCAAUCGGACCUAAAAAAUGUGUCGUCUUUGAUACAAGAUUGGGUUUAGCAGUGCUUUUAUCCCAUUGCAGUAUCUUUGAUAAUUUUCAAAAUUUUAAAAAUGCCUCCGCCGGCCUUUAAACAUGAUAAAAGAAAGAUUAAAACAAGAUAAUUGCGAGUUUGAAGUGACUAACAAAAAAAUCAUCGGCUUUCUUUCCGAUUCACAAAAGCCAAGCCCCCAAAACGGCCUCGGUCGGUAAAAAAGUCUAAAAACUUUAGAAAAGACGUCAAAUCUCUCCGCCGAUGCAAUAAGAAAUUCUUUUGCAUAUUCUAAAAUCGCCCUGCUUAAACUUUUAAAAUCAAUUUAAAAUUCUCGGAUAGCUGCAAAGAGCAUAAAGAUAUUCGCAAAAACUUUCUGCAAUAUUUCUUGAUACACCCUGUGUUUUAGAGAGGAACCAUCGAAGAAAAGAUUUUUCAACGCCAAACCCACAAGAAGGCCUUGUCUUCGUGUGUUGUCGAUGAAGAAGAAAAUGUGGCCAGACAUUUCUCCAUCGAUCAGCUGAAGACAUUGUUUGAAUUGAAUGAAACAGCUGCCAGUGAUACCCAUGAGAAGAUCAAAUGUGAACGAUGCUUGGAUGGUCGGGAGGUUGCUGAUCCUCCUCCAGAUUCUGACACCAAUUCAGAUCUGUCCCACUGGUUCCAUGUGGAAAAGGAUGCGAGAAAAGUACCUGAUCAUAUUUUGAGGAGAGUCCACAAUCAGGAUAUUAUUUCUUUCGUUUUCUACCAGAAGUCCCAUGAACAACAUCGAAUGAGAGCUGAAGAAAGACAAGAGAAAGAAGAUGAGGACUACAAACCAGAGGAGGAGGGGGAAGAAGAAGAAGAUUGA